AUGGUGGCCGCCACGGUUCACAACCGCCGCGGGACGCUAAAUUUCCUGAUUUUUGACUCGGAAAACAACCGGUGGCGGGGAUGGCGUUCCGGGCAUGCCUUAUAUCCUCCGAAUAAUCGAAAUGAAAUGCACAAGUUGGAGAAACUCUCCGAACCGGUUUACCUUAAUAACCGUAUGCAUUGGCUCAUGGAAAAAGGAGAUGUGUUGGUGUUCAACUUAAUUACCGAACAGCCUUCGAUUAUUCAGAAACCCGAUGUUCCUCAUCAGUCGUCACCUCAUGGGAAUGGGAAUAUAUUCGGAACAACUUAUAAUUCUUUAGGUUUGGAAACUUGGCUGGGGAUUGCGGAAGGUUAUCUUGCUUAUGUGAUCCCUAAAGAGGAAGAGAUUCUGAGAGGAAAACCGAUAUUUUGGGACGGCAAGAUAUUGGUAUUUAUAGGUGGAGAUUUGCUGAAAGAUGUUUUUCAGUUCCAAGUUUUGGGUAGUAAUGGAGGAAAAUGGGAGAGUUGCAAGGGUGGGGGGAUUGCGUCCGAUGUUUUCAUCCAUUUGUUCCGAGUUUUGCCGCCUUGCCGGAUUCCUGGUAUCUCGACGAUGAUGACAACAGUUCCAGUUGGUCGCCGAAUGGUGGUGGAAAAGCUUGUGGAGAUGAAAUCACUUGUGGCAUGUAGUUGGGACCCUCCUACUUAG